AUGGCAGAGGGCAUUGAAGCCGGCAUUGGCAACGCCACGGCCAACGCCGCAUUCCUAGAAUCCUCCGGGCCGCUCGCUCUCCUCAAAUCCCUCGCACCGACCCUCCUAGUUGCCGCGAUCCUCGCCGUGGUCGUCGCGCGAUGGUUCCGCAGCGGCGGCGGAAAGCAACCGCCCGUGGUCCCGACCAUCCCGCUCAUCGGCGGGCUGCUAAAAUUCAUGAAAGGCCCGAUUCCGCUGAUCAAAGACGCGUACGCCAAGUACGGCAGCGUGUUCACGGUGAACGUUCUCCACAUGCGCAUGACGUUCCUGAUCGGGCCCGAGGCGACGACGCACUUUUACAAGGCGUCGGAGGACCAGCUGAGUCAGCGCGAGGUGUACAAGUACAACGUGCCCACGUUCGGCCCGGGCGUGGUGUUCGACGUCGACUACCCCAUCCGCAUGGAGCAGUUCCGAUUCUUCGCCGACUCGCUCAAGCCCACGCGCCUGCGCACCUACGUCGAUAUGAUGGUGGAGGAGGCGCAGGAUUUCUUUUCGCAGUGGGGGGACGAGGGCGAGGUGGAUCUCAAGGACGCCAUGGCGCGCCUCAUCAUCCUCACUGCCAGUCGCUGCCUGCUGGGCCGCGAGGUGCGUGAGGGAAUGGCGGACCGCGUCUCCGACCUCUUCCACACGCUCGACCUCGGCAUGCUGCCCAUCAGUGUCCUCUUCCCCUACCUGCCCAUCCCCGCGCACAAGCGCCGCGACGAGGCGCGCAAGGAGCUGGCGGGCAUCUUCGGGCGCAUCGUGCGCGCGCGCAAGGAGUCGGGGCGCGUCGAGAAUGACAUGCUGCAGGUGUUCAUAGACAGCCGGUACAAGCUGCUGAACCGCAGCACGACGGAGGAGGAGUGCGCGGGCAUGCUCAUCGCCGCGCUCUUCGGCGGCCAGCACACCUCCUCGCUCACCGCCACCUGGGUCGGCGCCUACCUCCUCACCCGGCGUGACGACAUCCUGUCGAGCGUGGUGGCAGAGCAGCAGGCGGUGAUGGGGCGGCACGGGGGCACGCUGAACUACGACGUGCUGAGCGAGAUGGACUCGCUGCACCGCGUCAUGAAGGAGGUGCUGCGCCUGCACCCGCCGCUCGUCAUGCUGCUCCGCUACGCGCAGCAGCCCUUCACCGUCACCGGGCAUGAGGGCAACACGUACACUGUGCCCAAGGGGACUGUCGUUGCUGCCGCGCCCGCUUUCAGCAACAGGCUGGGGUACAUCUACAGCAAGCCCGACGAGUUUGACCCGGACCGCUUCGCUGCGGGGCGCGAGGAGGACCGCGCCAUGCCUUUCUCCUUCACCGCCUUCGGUGGUGGCCGCCACGGGUGCAUGGGGGAGAACUUCGCCUACAUGCAGGGCAAGACGGUGUGGAGUGUGCUGCUGCGCAACUUUGAGCUGGAGCUCAUCACGCCCUUCCCCCCGGUGGACUGGGACUCGCUUGUCGUGGGGCCCAAGGGCCCUGUCAUGGUGCGAUACAAGCGACGCACCCUCGCCCCCGCUGCCACCCCCGCUGCUGCCACAGCUGCUGCUUAG